AUGGCUCAGAAAUGGGCAGUUCUGGCUGUGCUCCUUUUCUUGCCAAUCAAUCUGGUUAAAGGGACAGCUUACAACAUGGUGAGUGUGGAAGCUGGUCAGGAGGCUGUUUUGAGUUGCCCACACAUCUCCAAGGCAUCUUUGGUGAUGGUGUCAUGGAAGAUGAAAUGCAGCAUUUGCUGCUUGUUGGCCUAUAGAAUUGAUUACAAUGAGACUUGGAAGCUAAACUGCAGUGAGAGGAUGAUGUGGAAAUACUCACCUGACAGAGAUCCUGCGCUUCGUAUUUACCCUGUGAACCUUGAUGAUGAGGGAAAUUACACCUGUGAAAUUGCCAACACUGAAGGGAAUUUUCAUUUUUUGUCUUCUCUGACUGUGGUAGUCCCUCCUACAGUGACUCUGACCCACAAUAAGAGCAGGGUGGCUGUUUGUCAAGCAUCUGCAGGAAAGCCAGCUGCUGACAUCUCCUGGAUCCCUGCAAGUAAUCACAGCACUGAGGAAGAAGUCCAUCACCCCAAUGGAACAGUGACCAGAGUGAGCUACACAGACUGGGUUAACAACACACUUCCCACUGUCACCUGCCUGGUUACCCACCCAGCCACAAACCAGACUCUGUCCAUAGACCUGACAAACACUUCCCCCAGGCUUCCCUAUCUCCUCAUAACAGGAUGUGCAAGUGUCGCUGCUGUUGGUGCUGUGACUUUAUGCUUGACUUUCAGGUGCAGAG